UUGAGAGGUUUUACUGUGACUGCUUUGCUCAAGGCUGUGCUUUUUGUUGGUGUUUCAGACGUCAAUGAGUGUGCCAAACCCAAGAUCUGUGGUGAUGGGGGGCGCUGCGUGAACCAGCCCGGGUUCUACAAGUGUGACUGUUACCCGGGCUACAAGAGCAAAUCUUCUCGUCACCCCAUCUGUGAAGAUAUUGACGAGUGUCUGGACCCCAAUACGUGCCCGAACGAGCGCUGUGAGAACCGACCCGGGUCCCACGACUGUAUCCCCUGCCCCCCCGGGCACCGCGGCCUGGCUCAAGCCUGCUACGACAUUGAUGAGUGCCAGGACCAGGGCGUGUGUCCGAACGGCCGCUGUGAGAACCUGCAGGGCUCCUACCGAUGUGUGUGUGACGAGGGCUUCACUUCCAAAUCUGACAGCAAGGCGUGCCGGGAUAUCAACGAAUGUGAGGACGAUCGGCUGUGUGCCAACGGGCGCUGUGUGAAUACGGAGGGCUCCUUUCAGUGCCAGUGUUACCCAGGAUUCCAGCUGACACAGGAGGGCAGCCACUGCGAAGACACCGAUGAGUGUGCAGUGCCCUCUAGCUGCGUGGGAGGGCACUGCAUCAACAAGAUGGGCUCCUACUCCUGCAAAUGUCAGCAAGGGUUUCAGCUCAUCAAUGGACGCAGGUGCCAGGACAUUGAUGAGUGUGCCCAGGAUCACAGCCUGUGCCAGCCCAAUGGCGCGUGUGCGAAUGUGGCCGGAGACUAUCUCUGUGUCUGUAAUGAGGGCUUCAUCAACGCUGAGGACAAGCACAGCUGCGAAGAGAUCGAGGUGGACUCUGAUGAUAAGAAGGAGUGCUAUCUGAACCUCGAUGACACCGUGUUCUGUGACAGUGUGCUGGCCAUCAACAUCACCAAGCAGGAGUGCUGCUGCUCGUCCAUCGGCUCUGGCUGGGGGGACCACUGCGAGAUCUACCCCUGCCCAGUGCACAACUCAGCUGAAUUCUACUCUCUCUGCCCAGCUGGAAAGGGGUUCUACCACGAGGCGAACCUUCUGGAUUAUGGCGUGCCUGUUCACAUAGAUAUCGACGAGUGCGCUUUGUUUGGAAAUGAGAUCUGUAAAGAGGGACGAUGUGUCAACACACAGCCAGAGUACGAGUGUUACUGCCAGCAAGGAUUCUACUAUGAUAGCAAUCUCCUGGAGUGCAUAGACGUUGACGAGUGUCACGAUGAAUCGAACUGUCAGAACGGGCGCUGUGUGAACACCCGCGGGUCCUUCUACUGCAGCUGCACCGCCCCCUGGACUCCUGACACAUCCAAUAAGAAGUGUGUCCCUCCGGCAACAGUGGAUGUGGAUGAGUGUCAGGACCCAGCAAACUGUAAAAACGGGCGGUGUGUGAACACCCCCAGCUCCUACUAUUGCAUCUGCCCCCCGCCCUGGGCUCUCGCCCCUGACCGCAACACCUGCACCCCCCCAGAGGAGCAAGGAGAUGUGGAUGAGUGUCAGGACCCAUCGUACUGUAAGAAGGGCUUGUGUGUCAAUACCCUGGGCUCCUUCCACUGCAUCUGCGAGCUGCCACUCACUUUCAGCGCCGCGCUCAAGCAGUGUGUGUUUGAUGAUCGCACGGCUGCUCACAGGGACGUCUGCUUCCAAUACGUGGGGCUGGAUCAUAUGUGCAGCGCACCUCAUAACGGACCCCCGGUCACCUACUCGGAGUGCUGCUGUCACAUCGGCCGGGGCUGGGGGCCGGAGUGCCGGACAUGCCCCCCACGCCACUCAGAUAUCUUCAGUCGUCUGUGCGCCAUGGACACGGACUCUUACGGAGAAAGAGAGUCCUUCUCUUUAGCUGACUACAAUAAUGAAGGAGACAGUUCAGAGGAGGAUUCUGAUGAGUGUGCCUGUCCGAAUGGCCGCUGUGUGCGCACCUACCUGGGGACGGCCUGCGAGUGCAACGCAGGCUUCCGGCUUCACCACAGCAGGACUCGGUGUGUCGACAUUGACGAAUGUGCUGAGCUGAAUAAACGCGGCUCAUUGUGCAAGAACUCUUACUGCAUCAAUACCAGCGGCUCCUACAAGUGCUUCUGCAAACCUGGCUUCAUCCCGGCUCGGAGACCCAACAUCUGCAUGCGCUUACGGGCACAAUAGAUCAUCCC